AUGCCGCCACUCACCAAACUCUUCAUCAAUGGAGAACACCGACCCUCCUCAUCCUCACCCCCCACCUUCGAGGUCCUCAAUCCGUUUUCGCAUCACGUAGUCAGCCUGUGUUCCACCGCUUCCAGUCAGGACUGCCGCGACGCCAUCGAGGCAGGCAACAACGCAUUCGCCUCGUGGGAGAAAACGACGCCCUGGCAGCGCCGCGACAUCCUCCUCAAAGCAGCCGAUCUCAUCGCCACCGAGAAGUACAAACAAGCACUGAUCACGAGCCAGCGGGAGGAGACGGCUGCGACGGACGGAUGGGGGUACGGGCAGUGGGCGGUAGCGCAGAAUUUCUUGAGGACGACGGCGAGCAUGGCCAAUGAACUCAAGGGGGAGUCGUUUGUGAGCGGAAGCGUAGCGGGGGCGCAGGUUGUCACGCAGAGGCGCGCACUGGGUGUUAUCCUUGCUAUCGCGCCAUGGAACGCCGCUCUUACUCUGACCCUGCGGACGAUAGCCGUUCCCAUCCUUUGCGGGAACACCAUCGUCUUCAAAUCCUCCGAGCUGAGCCCUCGUAGCCAGGCUAUCGUCGCAGACGUCUUCGCGGAGGCGGGCUUACCACCAGGCGUCCUCAACAUCAUCUCGAUAUCGCGAGAGACAGCGCCGCAGUUGACGGCAGAGAUCAUUGCCCACCCAAUGGUUCGCAAAGUUGCUUUUACAGGAAGCGGACGGGUUGGUCGGAUAUUGGCCAUGGAGGCCGCCAAAUACUUGAAGCCCUGCGUCCUAGAGCUCGGGGGCAAGGCGCCCGUCGUAGUCCUCCGCGACGCAAAUAUCAAAGAGGCCGCUCGAUCCAUCGUCUUCGGAGCCAUGGCCCACUCCGGUCAGGUCUGCAUGUCCGCUGAACGUGUCAUCGUUCACCAGGACGUUGCCGAUGAAUUGCUGGCGGAGGUCAAACGCCUCUGUGGGGGUAUCAAGGCCGGGGAUCCGUCGACCUCGGAUGAUCCGCAGGUGAAGUUGGGGGUGCUGUUCUCCGAGGCCUCUGCGCGGAAUGUAGUGAGCAUGAUGCGGGAAGCGGUAGGUGGGGGUGCGAGGCUUGUGCUGGGAGAUUUGAAGCACACGGGUUCGAUCGUGCAGCCCCAUUUACUGGCGGACGUGGACGUUGGAAUGAGGAUAUGGAGGGAGGAGUCUUUUGGCCCAGUGACUGUUUUCAUGUCGGUCAAAAAUGUCGACGAAGCAGUGGAAAUGGCAAACGCGACUACAUACUCUCUGAGCGCUGCCUUGUGGACAACGAAUGUGCAUUCCGCCAUGGCCGUAGCCCCGCGUAUUCGUGCUGGCGUCACUAGCGUCAAUGGUCCGACCUUCCACUCCGAGGCAUACGUAGGUGUCGUCGGCCUUGGCGGGUCGUCAGGCUACGGACGGUUCGAUGUGGAGAACUUCACGGACAAGCGGUUGAUUAUCUCCCACCCCGACUGGGAGAGGCCGUAUCCUGGUUUUCUGUAG